UGUGCAUAUAACACACUGCCUAGGGCUGGGUUUUGUCCUUCUAGUACAGAGAGCUGUUGGAUGGUGAUCUGUGGGACUUGGACGUGGGUGAAAGUUUUGGACCUGGAUGUUGGUGAAGUUUUGGACUCGGAUGCUGGUGACUUGUUGUACUUGACAGAUUGGUGUUGGUACAAGCAUUUAUAUCAACAAAGAAGAAGAAGUGGGAAAUGGCUCAAGGCAAAACCCUACAGCACAACUCUUUUGACGAAGAGGCUUUAACAGAGCACUAUAAAAUCCUAAAGACCCUUGGCCGAGGAGCAUUCGGAGAAGUAAAGUUGGCUAGCCAUCUACUCACCCAGACAAGGGUAGCAGUAAAAGUUCUUCCAAAAGGCACAAAGAAUAGCUUCAUCAAAUCAGAAAUUGAAAUAAUGAAAUCUCUAGACCAUCCCAAUAUCAUUAAACUUUUGCACAUAAUCGACACCACAAAAAACACUUACAUGGUUAUGGAACAUGCCACAGGUGGAGAGCUAAUGAACAGGAUUGUGGAGUUUGGCUACCUACCGGAGGAGGAGUCCCAUAAGAUAUUUAAACAGAUGGUGUGUGCCCUCCAGUAUUGUCACAGGAAAGGGAUUGCUCACAGGGAUCUAAAGCCCGAAAAUAUUUUAGUGGAUGGCAAAGGCAAUAUAAAACUCAGUGAUUUUGGGCUGGGCACCAAGCUUACCAUGGGGCAGAAGCUAGCAUAUUUCUGUGGGACCCUUCCUUAUUGUGCCCCAGAACUCUUUGAAGGUGGAGGUUACGAUGGCCGAGCAAUCGACAUUUGGAGUUUGGGGGUUGUACUCUACUUUAUGUCAACAGGGUGCCUCCCUUUCAAGGGAACUACCUUUGGAAUACUAAAGGACAAAAUCUUGUCAGGAAAGUACUCUCUUGAAUUCAAGUUGUCGCCAGAGCUUUGGGAUGUUAUUGCUAAGUUGUUAACUGUAAAUCCUGGACAAAGACCAAGAAUAGAUGACGUUGUAGGCUUUCAAUGGCUAAAGCAUGGCAAUGAAGGUUCUCUCAAUCCCUUUAGAGAGAACAAUGAAGACAGCUACCCAGACCCCACUGUGAUGGUCAUCAUGGGUGUCAUGGGUUAUAAGCAAGGAGAGAUAAUGGAAGCUUUACAGGAGAAGAAGUUUGAUCAGGUGAUGGCCACCUACUUGAUUCUUAGGCAACAGUCACCCUGGGAAGACGACAUUAUAAAAGAUCUUCGGCCCAAGCAGUCUUCCGGAACCUUGAAUGUUACAGACCUUCCCACAAUACCUAAAGUGGCUAUAAAGAGAGGAUCUAGUACCCCUAUCCUUCCCACUUCUUCCAUUUUGCCCACUCUACCUGAGAGUCCUGAGAACGACAAAAAGGGGAGAACGAGGUACAGUAUGCCUCCCACCGUGAACUGCCCUAACAAGAAAAUAGCCCCAGUUGAAAGAAUCUGCCCCCAUCGUGUACACGAGGCUAACUUCAUGAAUAGCACUUGGGGGGAUACAGGGAGCACUAUUAACACCUCCAAUGAAAUAUGUACCAAAGUGUCUUCAAGACUGGAAACUUACUCCAACAAGUUAUCCCUGAAUGUGUCCAAAGCUGGCCCUAACAAAUCAAAGAGCAAGGCGUCCUCACAGGAGGCUUUAUCUCAUCACACCCCAAUGGAGGAAGUUCAGUGCAAAGAUGUCAACAUACCAGGUGAAAAUAUCGGCUCAUCUCUCCCACAAACCUCACCUCAGGAGGACCUCAGAGGACAGCCCCACAGCGUAGCUACAGCUAGUCGGAGAGGUGAAAGGACCAGCUCAUCUCUCUCACAAACUGCACCUCAGGAGGACCUCAGGGGACAGCCCCACAGUGUGGCUACAGCUGCUUCAAAGAGCAACACGACCUCACAGGAUAGAUCACCCCCAUUCUCCAGCAAGGAGGCCCAGGAUGAGGGUCCCAUUGUACGAGAAAAAGACCUCAGCCCAUCCUCCCCAGAAACACCCCAGGGACACCUCAGUGGCCGGAGCCAGACUGCACCCAGAGCUCCCUUUAGAAAGCGGGUUUGGAAGAGCCUACAGAGCAGAAUUAUAAAAGGCCUGAGAAGUUUGUGUUGCUGCCUACCAACGGAAAAGAGGGAGCACCUAGGCUGCAACAAAAUCCUGCCUGUGAGCUUAAAGGAUCACGGAGGCAGCCAAGGUAACAGUGCUGUUGGAGGCACUGUGCUCCCUGGAAGCUGAAACUAGCGAGUGGAGAGCGGCGUGCUGAAGAUGCACACGGUGCAGGAGAGAGCCAGGUAGGUUCAUGAUGGCUGGUGGUGCCACAAUUGUGCCAGUAAAGUGAAGCACUCUUUGGGACCAGAAGUCCUUUAAACAAGGAUCCACGGAGUGCUGUGGUCAUUAGGAAAACAGGCCUCAGAGGACCUUCCACGCACAGAGAGAUCGUCAGUCCAGCUACCUGUCUCCAGGUAUACCUAUGAGUCAUUAGAAGAGACAGCGGCACUGGAAGCAGAGGAGGACUCCAGAGGCCUGACCAGUUUGUAUGUGUUCAAGAUGGAUAUUGCUGAUCAGGUUGGAGCCAGAAACAGAGCAACGAGUCUGCAGACAGUGUCCAUCUUGUGCUCAUUUGGGAAGGUAGAGUGUGUGGGAACAGGUGAGUCCAUUAGUUAUGGUGCGGCUCUCAGCACCAUGCUGAACUACUAGACAGCUUGCUUCCUGUCCCCACCAGAUCCAGACACCUUCACAACUCACCCCAGCACUAUUAUGGGUGAACAUGCUUGUUGCUUUGCAACCUGAGUCAUAUGGAUGUAUUCUUCUGUAUUCUGCAUCUGGACAGACAGACAGACAGACAGACAGACACACACACACAACACACACACACACACACACACACACACACACACACACACACACACACACACACACACACACUUCUUCCAGUAUACCUUGUGUACAGUUGACACUAGUGAAGUUUGUUUGAACUGGAGAGGAUUCCCAUUCCAAGCAAGGUAGUUUCAUAUUCCAUGUGAUUUCCCUCCUGGAAAUGCCUCAAAUUCCACUAACUCAGCUUGUUCCUGUCUCCACCCACACGGCAAACACUUACCACCCUGCUCUACUGAUUCGCAGGAGCCACGUGAAGCCAGCACAUGCCAUGGUGCACAUUUUGCCCCAGGGCAUCCGUUCCUGUGCAAGGUAAGGCCCACCAGCUGUGCUUUGAGUGGAAGCAAGGUGAAGUCUGGAGUGUCUGACAGUUGGAUUCAGAGAUGGAGCUGGUUCCAAGCAUGAUCGUGGAUAGAAUCUGUAGAUGGAAAAAAUGGCAACUCCUGGCCUAACAACUCCACCCUAACUUCCUCUGGGUAGCUCAUGGUCUCCUGCCAUAUUCCCACCUCCUAAGAAAACUCAGAGACACCUAAAGAGAUUUAAGGAGUCAGAUCCACACCCCUCCUUAGGCCCAGACUGAAGUGUACUCCAAAACCACACUUUAGAAUACCCCAAGAUACUAUUUUCAACACUAUCUCACACAAAGAUCCCAGCUGUUUUCUUUCUGACAUCCUGUAGGGACAUUGCUGUUGCUGAGGCUUUGUGUCCCCAGGCAGCAGGCUGGGAAAGAUCUUUGCUACCUGUGUGUCCCUAUGCUGGGGCUGCCAAGGAGAUUCCUGGGACUACACUCAGCAAGGGACAUUUUCAACUGGAUGGUGCUUAGAGCAGGAGAUGCCACUUAAGCCCUAACACACUGGAUGGAAGAACGACACACAGGUCUCCUUGAUGGAGGCGACUUCUUCUGAAGUUGGGCCAGAGACUUACAAGCAGAUGGACUAAAGAGGAACAAGGGAAAAUGUCUACUGAUCCAGGUGAAGAUCAGCCCUCAAGGAUAUGCUCAGAGAGCUGGGCAUAAGACUGCUCUCCAGAAGUGUUACCAAGAAAGACAGGCACUGGACAAAAAGAUACAUGGCACAGUAUGAAUAAAGAUACUGUUUUCUUGUUACAAUAAAUUCCUUUGUAUAUUUGAA